CCUUCCUUUUGUUUUCUUCCUAAAAAAGAAGUAAAAAGAAAAGAAAAAAAAAAAACAUGCAAGUUCGUAUCAUUUCAAGAGAAACCAUCAAGCCCUCAUCACCGACGCCCUCUCACCUCAAAACGUUGAAAUUCUCCCUUUUCGACCAGAUUGCUCCCAAAACCUAUAUUCCGACAAUCUUGUUUUACCCUACAAAUGAUGGCCUUCUCAGGCUUUCCCAAAUCUCAAGUCAUUUGAAGAAAUCACUGUCGGAAGCUCUCACUCGGUUUUACCCUUUGUCGGGAAGGAAGAAAGAUAACUUCUCCAUGGAAUGUGAUGAUCAGGGAGCUUCCUAUUCCGAAGCCCUUGUGGAUUAUAACAUGUCUGAGUUUCUUGAUCCACCCAAAAUAGAUUUGCUUAACCAGUUGCUUCCAUGCCAGCCGUGGGUGACUUGCCAAGACCGCGCUUCCACUGUCUUCCUUGCUAUUCACGUCAACUUUUUCAACUGCGGUGGGAUAGCCAUCGGCGUCUGUGUGCUUCACACUAUCGCCGACGGGAUCACAGUGAGUGCAUUCCUUAAAACAUGGGCGACGAUCGCACGUGGGGCGAAUGAUGAUGAUGAUGAUCAAUUGUAUUCCCCCGACUUCACCACUGCAUCCGCGCUCUUUCCGCCGAGAGAUGUGCUGCCGUUGACUCCUCCGAACCGGUUCCGGCUCGCCUGGAAUAAAGAAGCGGUGUCGGUAACAAGGAGGUUUGUGUUUGACGCGAAUUCGAUGGCCGCCCUGAAGGCCAAAGUGAAAGGGGAACAUGUGUCCAACCCUACGGGAUACGAAUCAUUGGCGGCGUUGAUGUGGAAGUGUCUGAUUCAUGUGUCGAGAAUGACGUCGGGUAUCCCAACACAACUGUCGUACUUGGAGCACGCGGUGGACAUGAGAAGGCGAAUGGGGAAACCCUUGUCAGCUUGUUCGAUGGGAAACCUCGUAACGACAGCCAGCGCUGUCCAUCACGCAGCCGACACUGCCAUGAAAAAGUCAUGUUGUUUGCCCAACACUACCGUUAUCAUGCGGGAGUUGGCGAGCAAAGUAAGACAAUCCAUAGAGGAAAUCAAUGGCGAUUUGCUGACAAGUUUACAGGGCGAUGAAGGGUUCUUGCUGAUUAGUGGGCACGGGGAAAUGUUGGCGCAAGUGGUUAAGAAGGUAGAGCCAGAAUCAGUUGGGUUUACAAGUUGGAGGAAUUUUGGUUUCAACGAGAUUAAUUUUGGAUGGGGGAAGCCAGUUUGGGUUGGAAUUUCUGGGGGAGUAAACUUGUCGUACGUUAAUUACGUUCUUUUUAAGGAUGUCGAAUGUGGUAAUAAUGGCACAGAGGCAUGGGUGACUUUAGAGGAGAAAAAAAUGGCUGUGUUUGAAAAUGAUCCUGAUUUGCUUGCUUUCGCUUUGCCCAAUCCAAGUGUACGUUGCCCGCCCGGAAGUCAAUAAUCAUGAUCAUCACAAAAAUUAAGAGGAAUCAGAGAUGUCAAUGUAAUAAAGACGGUUGAAUAAUGCUUCCUUACGUCAAUUUUUCUACACUCAUAUGUGGCUUUUAUAAUUACCAUUGAAUAUAAGAUGAAUCUUUAUUGAAUUUUAAUUUAAUGGUAGUUUUAAAAGCCAUCUAUAAUUGUGAGAACGUGAGUGUAAAGAAGUGAAAGUAAGUUUAAUAUUACUCUCGAUCGUUAUAUUGGAGGAGAAAUUAAAGCAAAGAGCUACAUAAUUUCUGCUGCAGUCAAGACUGUUCAUGUAUAUGUGUAAGAUUCCUGGUAUAUGUAAGUUUCGUUUUCACUUCGAGUUUGUAAAUUAUAUGAGAAAGAAUUAAUGAAUAAAAUGCUAA